UCAUCGUACUUCUCCGGAGGCCGUUCGUUGACCCGGAAAGUGCUCGUCGUCCGUAACUCGGUCCUUCGAUCGCGUCGUACUUCCAUUUCGUUCGACGAUUUUCACCGGGAAUCGACUCGGCUUCGUCACCGCCAUCAUUCUUUGUCUCCUGUUAUAUCUGCUCCCGGCACGUGAGGUUGGUGCCUCCGCAACCUGGACCAGUUUUGCACCGAAGUGUGCGUGCAUCGGUUGCUGGUUAUUCGCAAACAAGAAAGACGAACCUAAACACGGUACAACGCAAAGUUCGAUAUGUCGCUGGAAUACAUCGUGGCGCUUUGCCUGUUCCUCGCGGGUUUAGUCCUCGCGGUCUUCCUGCGCUCGAGGAGGAUCGACGGCGUGCCACCUGGACCCUGGGGGUUGCCGAUCCUGGGUUUCCUGCCCUGGAUAAACCCGGAUGCGCCACACGAGAGCUUCACAAUCCUGGCCCGCAAAUACGGCCCCGUCUGCGGACUGAGGCUGGGAUCCCUUUACACCGUGCUGAUCAGCGAAGCUCAUCUGGUCCGUCAGGCCCUCGCGAAGGAUUCGCUGUCCGGACGGGCCCCGCUCUUCGUUACUCACGGGAUAAUGCAUGGAUACGGGUUGAUUUGCGCGGACGGUGAUCUGUGGCGAGAGCAGCGAAAGUUCGUCGUUGGCUGUCUGAGGAAUCUCGGUAUGGUGAAGAUCGGGUCAAAACGGGACAAGAUGGAGUCCAGGAUCCUGACCGCGGUCGAAGAGAGCGUAUCGAAACUGAAGGAACGUUCGGCGAACGGAGGGGUCGAUCCUUAUCCGACCCUCCAUCACUGCAUGGGUAAUUUAAUGAACUUAUUGGUGUUCGGGAGAGUCUGGGAGGAGGAUGACGAGACCUGGAGAUGGUUACAGCGGCUACAGGAGGACGGAGUCAAGCACAUCGGAGUCGCCGGGCCGCUCAACUUUCUGCCGUUUUUGAGGCAUGUACCCAAGUACAAGAACAUGAUGAGGUUCCUCGUCGAGGGAAAGCUCAAGACCCACGAUGUCUAUCGUGCCAUUUCGGAGGAUCGCCGGAAGUCUGGAAGUGCGAGGGACUCCGUGCUCGCCAUGUUCGAGGAAGAAACCAAACGCAGACUGGCCUCAGGCGACAUUGGACACUUCACCGAACCCCAGAAGCUACACUUGCUCGCCGAUCUCUUCGGCGCUGGAACUGACACAACGUUGACCACCCUGAGGUGGCUGCUUCUUUUCCUCGCCGCUUAUCCUCGCGAGCAGGAUGCCGCUCACAACGAGAUGAAGGCGGUGCUUGGACCGAGACCAGUCGAGCUCAAGGACCGGCCUGAUCUUCCACGUCUCGAAGCCCUCAUCGCGGAAACUCAGAGAAUCCGGAGCGUCGUUCCUGUCGGCAUACCACACGGUGCUCUUGAAGAUUCGGAAAUCGGCGGCUAUCUCAUACCCAAGGGAACGAUGAUCGUUCCUCUUCAAUGGGCGAUACACAUGGAUCCGAAAAAUUGGAAAGAUCCCGAGGAGUUUAGACCGGCGCGUUUCAUAGCCGACGAUGGCAGCUUCGCAAAACCGGAGAAUUUCCUGCCAUUUCAAAACGGGAAAAGGAUCUGCGUUGGCGAGGAACUGGCAAAGAUGACGUUGUUCCUUUUUGCCGGACGUAUAAUUCAGUCGUUGAAAGUAUCGCUGUAUCGAUCAUCGGACGAGGCAGCGACGUUCGACCUUUCCGGGGAAUCUGGCAUCACUCUAACCCCGAAACAUCACAGGCUGAUAUUUUCACCGCGCGCAAUCGAACCAUAAUUACACGACAAGUGAAAAUUAUACUUUUACCCGCAAGAGGAUGAGAAAUAAAUCACGACUACGAUGCUGAUCUCUAUGUAAUAAUUCAAUAAACUUUAUCAAGCUUGAGUCGUAAUCACCUAUAUUACGCGAUCUUUUUCUCACAAAUAACUUUUGAAAGAUAAGACUUGUCGUAUAAUGACAAUAGAAUCUCUUUCUCGCAGAGCCUUCAAUUACCGACAAAUAUUACGUUCCGAUCUUACUGAUACGCUGAUGCGUUGACGAGUCGUAAAAUUACAAAGUUUAAACAAAAAAAAUUUCAAUGUUAUUUCAAUGGGAAAAAAAAAAAAUCGCGCCGAUGAACCUCCAAAUAUGAAACAU